UUGGAAUAAUAAUUGUGUUGAACUAUUUGUGUGGCAAAUUACGUUCUAAUUGUAAUUAAUUUUUUCGUAAUAAAAAUUUAAUAUGUUACAUUUGAAACCAGUUAUAAUUUUAAUAUGUGUUUUCUCCAUUAUUUUAUCAACAAUUGCACAAGAAGAUGUUGUUGUAAAGAAUGGUGACUGUCCGCCACCAACACAAGUUGGAAUUUGUCGUCGAACGUGUUUUAAUGAUUCACAUUGUGCGGGUAUUGGAAAAUGUUGCCCUACAUCGUGUGGUGGAUCAAUUUGUACACGACCAGUAACACGGCGUGCGAAGAAAGAAAAAGCGGGUGUAUGUCCUGAGAAUCCUACUGGCCGUUGGGUGUGUACGAGUACAUGUGAAGCAGAUUCUGAUUGUAAAGGACGCCUCAAAUGUUGUACAAAUCGUUGUGGAGCUCUUGCGUGCCAAAAACCUGAAGAGGAAGUUACAGAAUAUUAAUUAUAUAAAAACAUAUAAUUCCAAUAAAAAUU